GGCCAAGGCUACAAUCAACCACGUUUAAGCCAAAUCUGCCAGGAGACGUCGUUGGACAUUAUCAACAUCGGCUUCGUCAAUGUCUUCCCUGAUGUCGGUCAAGGCGGCUGGCCUGGGUCCAAUUUCGGAAACCAGUGCAACGGGCAGACAUAUACUAAUGCUGAUGGUGAAGCGACUCAGCUGCUGUCCGGUUGUCAGCAGAUUGCGGACGAUAUUCCCGUCUGUCAACAGGCUGGCAAGAAGGUCUUCAUCUCUCUUGGAGGAGCUUAUCCCGCAGACGGCCAAAUCAUCGAUAAUGAUGACUCUGCGCGCGAUUUCGCCGACUUCCUCUGGGGCGCUUUCGGUCCAGAGACGGACGCCUGGGUGGCGCAGAAUGGGCCCCGUCCAUUUGGUGAUGCCGUGGUGGAUGGUUUUGACUUUGAUAUCGAGCACAAUGGACCCACUGGAUAUGCCGCUCUGGCUCGGCGCCUACGUGACAACUUUAGCGAGUUCCCAUCGAAGCAAUUCUAUCUCUCUGCUGCGCCGCAGUGCCUAUCUCCCGAUGCGCAGCUGUCUAAUGCGAUCCAGUUUGCCUCUUUCGAUUUCAUCUGGGUUCAAUUCUACAACACUGAUCCAUGCUCUGCCCGUGCCUGGGUGGAUGGGGAUGUGACUUCCGACUUCACGUUUGACGCAUGGAUUGCCGCCAUCAAGCUCGGGGGCAACCCAUCUGCUAAGUUGUUUAUUGGUCUCCCUGCCGAUCCUACCCAAGCGUACUAUGUUAGUCCAGAUGAGGUUGAGACUCUGGUGGAGGAAUACAUGGGCAGAUAUCCCGAAAACUUCGGAGGAAUCAUGAUCUGGGAGGCGACAGCUUCCGACGAGAACCAAAUCGACGGUCGCAGCUACGCAGCCAACAUGAAGAGCGUCUUACUC